AUGGCAAAAGGAAUUCCAAAAAAUUAUGUUGGCCUUGCAAAAACUUGUAUGGAUAAUGAUAAAGCUAAACGUCCGAGUGCAGUUGAAUUAUGUGAGAAAUUAAGUAAUUUGAUGUAUAACGAAAUAACUUGUGAAAAUUCUGAAAUUGAAUCUUCACCAGUAUUAGAAGUUGGAGACUUAACAGAUGACAAUUUAACAGAUGACAACGCGUCUAGUUAA